AUGUCACCAGCACAUCAUGAUAGAUAUAUUUACAAUCAAACUAAUAUAGACGGACAUCGUCAAGAUGCAUCGGCGAAUAUCUUCAUGGAUCAUCACAAGAGUAAGGAGUCACUCAUUAAACACUCACCUUCGCCAAAGAAAUGGGCAGGUAAACUGUUAAAUUUUCAAUUGCAUUCGAAAAAGAAUAAAAAUGGCACCUCUGUUACUCCUGUUGUAUCUUCUCCAAUUUCGGCCAUUACGCCUGUUACAUCAUCCCCUAUAGUUUCUGAACAUACUUUUAAUUCACCCUAUACGCCAACAGGUAACAUAACUCCUACAUCCACAUAUCCAUCUCGUGUAUCCUCACUACCUCGUCCCAUAUCUAGAAUAUCAUCAAGGGGAAAUAUAAAUGCUUCAGCGCCUUGUAUAUCAGACUCAAAUCAAGGUAUAUUUCCAACAGAAUACUUGCCAAAGGAACCUUUGAAAUCGUCGGGUAGCAACAAACGAUCAUUUUUGAAUGACAAUUGUACUAUUUGUGAUGAACCAACAUCUCACAGGAGUCAUGGAGAGAGAAUUAUAGAAUUACAAUGUGGUCAUUUAUGUCAUCAGUACUGUCUUUUGAUAUCAUUUGAAGAUGUAGCAACAUAUUCCACGAAUAUAUAUGAGCUGUUUCCACCAUGUUUAAGAUGUAAAACUGAGAAAUCGGUUGAUAUAAAUUGUGUUCCAAAAGACGAUACUUUGAAAGAUAAAAUUAUUUCAGAUAUUUUCAUGACAAAGGUUGGAAGUGUAUCUACACCAACUACACCAUAUAUUAAUACUCCAACAAAUCAUGUCACCCCGACACCAAUAAACGGAAACGAACAGCCUAUAACGAGACCAACGUUAAAUAUUGGAACUGCUUUAGGUCUUAAUCGUACCAGACGGGAUUUAUCGCCUCCGUUUUCUCAACAGACUUAUCAGUUGUCAAUGCCAUUUCAAUAUUCAUCUGUAAAUACUAUUCCAACAAACCCUGUAACCAAUUUUGAAAAUCAAACUUCUAUUAGAGAUGACAUAAGUAAUAUGUCAACCAUAGAGGAUCAUGACCAACCAGUCAGGAAUAGCAGUAUAUCUGUACCCCUUCUUAGAACGUACUUUUUGGACCUCAUUAUAAACAGGUUUGAAUCGACGAUAUCAAAAGAACUGGUGGAUUCGGAAUUUGGGUUACUAAGAAUAGUGGACAGAAUGUCAAUUUCUAUAGAUACGCCAAAUUUUUUACCAUGUUGGUCCUUAUUAUUUAUGAAUUGUUUGGUGAUCGUGUAUACAGAUCCUGCACAAGAUCAAUCAGAUGAGAAUAUUAUGUUAAAUACAAAUUUUAACAAUAUACAUAUGUUUUAUCCGCUUGAACAUGUCAGUGUCGAACCUCUUUCCGAUACUAGUUUGCAAUGUGCAAUAAUAACAGAUUCUAUCUCGAAGCACUUUUGUCUUGCAGAAUCGACAACGCACGGUUUCUCUAAAGUUUCCCAAAAAUGGGCUUCUGCCCUUCUUAAUAAAAAACUGGUAUUUAAUGAAGAAACAUUUACAUCUACACUACCUCUCCCUCCUAUUAUCAAGAAUAUCACGAACGAUGGAGAUGUCCUAGCUACAUAUUCAGGUAACGGUUCUAACCAAAAAGUAACUGAACUCGGUACUAUUUCGCACAUGAGAGGAAGCGUAAUUAUACGCCGAAUGUCAGCUCUUCCACGAAACGCAAAUAAUGGCGGUACUAUGAUGUCUAUAUCAACAAACAAAACAUCCAUUAGUUCUAUUAUCUCUAUGAGACGUAAAAAGCCCGAUAAUUUAAUUGUAAUUAUCCAAAUCGAUAAGCGGUAUGUCAUUUCUGAAGACAUUUAUAGCACUAUCUACAAUAACUUGAAAGCUUUAGAGAUAUUAUUUCCUUCACUUUAUAUAUGCCUUGUUGAUUCUAAAAUGUCUCUUGUAAGACAAGGACCUGCAUCUGAGAUAAUAAAAACUCCAGAGGAUCUUAAAAUUUCUACUCCUAUUUGCUCAUUUAAUUCUAAAUUACUAAGAGAGACGGUUUUAAACGUUACUAUAUCAUCUAGUAGAACUGUUGGAAUCGCUCUGAUAUCAAACACUAUGAUGAACAAAGAAUCAUGUAUUUUAUUUCAACAAAUAGCUUUAUUGAGGAAAAUGGGUGAGCUUAGGGCAAAUAUCCUUAAGAUUAAGGUUGGCUACCUUAAUAUGAAUUACACUGAUCAAAUAGACGAAUUAGUUGAAAUAGAUAAUUGGACUGAUAUGUUGGAACUUUUAUGCUACACUUUUGCCAUAGAUUAUGAUAGUGAAGAUGAUAAUAGUGAUAUUUCAGACUUUGACGACAUUGUCUCCUUAACAUCUUCUGGUGACCGACAUAGUAUAGAAUCAUCAGAUCACUCUCUGUUAACUUUGCAUAUAACUAGUUCUCUUUUUGAUACGGAUAAUCAUGUUAUCAUUACUUGA